AUGGCUAGUAGUUUGGAAAAAUUAGCCGAUAACCUUGCUCGAUCCGAUAAGACAAAGUUCCGUUCUGUGAUAAAUGCAUAUGGUGAAGAUGAUUUGGAUAUGGUUACUCGUAAAGGUGUUUACUGUUACGAUUAUACGGACUCAUGGGAAAAAUUGGAAGAACAGUGUCUACCGCCUAUAGAACAGUUUUACAGUUCACUGACUGAGAAAAAUAUUUCCCAAGAUGAUUAUAAACACGCUCAAAAUGUAUGGAAACGUUUUAAAUUCAAAACUUUAGGCGAAUACAGCUUAUGGUAUAAUGAAUUGGAUGUACAUAUUGUAUGUGAUGUUUUUGAAGCUUUUAGGGAGCUCUGUUUAAAAACAUAUGAAAUCGAUUGCUGUCAUUAUUAUACUAUCCCUGGUAUGAGUUUCGAUGUUUGUUUGAAAUACACUGAAGCCAAGUUGGAAUUGAUAUCAGACUAUGACAUGUUACUUAUGUUCGAGCAAGGUGUAAGAGGAGGAAUCUGUCAAGCUUCAAAGAGAUACUCUAAAGCUAACCACAGCAAGGCCCCCGUAUACAAUCCCGAAGAACCAAACAGAUGGAUAACAUAUCUUGAUGCAACAAAUCUGUGA